AUGUCUCCCGAUCCGACUGCUUCAAGCUCCUUUUAUAGCUCCAGAAUCAGCUACGAUCCACCUCCGCGUAUCUCGCCACGUGCAGCUAACGAUCCCGUGCCGACCUGGUCCUUGAUCGAGCUGGAGCUCGUCUUUACGUCGACCGGAAUAGCUCGGAUGGCAGUUAACUGGCUUACGAGGGAGUCGCUUGGUGGGCUCGAGGUCUUCUUGCUGGGCUUGAGUGGGCCUGGACUUCAAUCUUGGAUCAAGGUAAUGGGCCCUUACGGGCUAGAUUCCAGAAGAUUAGAGGAGGAGUUUAGAAUUUUAGAUAAGGACACCGACGCGUCUUGGAGAAAAACUAUCGCAGCAAGAAAAGUCGCCACGUGGAGCCAAGUCGGCCAAAAACGAACAUGGCACGCGUCCGAAUCGGCGGCCAUGAAAGAAAAAUGGCUGUCACGCUCGUCCCACGUGUACACUCCCCAGCUCCACCUCCGCGACUUGUGGGGAUCGCGUGUUUACCCGAAUCAGACGGCUACGGUUGCAAUUUCAUAUUCAGAUUGA